CAGUGUACCAUACUACCUGUCAAGCUCGAGGAUACGAUUUGCCAGACCACCGAGUCCCCAUAUCGAGCGUGACCUACGCCUUGCGCCUGCCACGUUAUCCGAACUGUCUGGCUGAACAAAACCUCACCCCGUCCGUCCAUCCAUCGAGAAGGCGAGAACCACAGCCGGUGCACGAGCUCCGCCUCCGCAAUGGCAUCGCGGCUCGCUGUACAGGCGCUGUCCGCGAGCCUGUUGUCGCUUGCGGAAACUACGUCCCCCAAACCACCGAAGCAACAGUCGCAGAGGCCAAGGGCAGCCAGCAGCAGCAGCAGCAGCCGGAGGAGGCUAGCAGCGACGGCGGGGGCGAUAAUCCUGGCGUCCCAGCUACUGCCGCCCGUGGCGAGUAGCGCCGCCGGCACGUUCGACCUGCAGCUCAUGCUGCCGGAGAAGUCCAGCGAGGAGGCCGAGGCCGUGGUGCGGAUCCACGCGCGCAACCUGCUGGGGGUGAAGCGCUUCAUCGACGCCGGGGCGUGGCGGGAGCUGCAGGCGGCGCUGCGCUCCAAUGCGUCCAACCUCAAGCAGGACCUGUACGCCAUCAUACAGGCGAGGCCCACGGGGCAGCGCUCUGAGCUCCGCAGGCUCUACUCCGACCUCUUCAACAGCGUCACCAGCCUGGAUUACGCCGCCAGAGACAAGGACGCGCUCCAGGUGCAGGAGCACUACGGCAACAUCGUCUCCGCUCUCGACGAGAUUUUCUCCAAGAUCACGUAGGAUACUCAGAAAUCUAUAUUUCCAGUUCGUGGAUACAAAGGCGGAGCACGGAUAAGAGAGAACUAGGAACUUAGAUCACGUUCACAUGAAGGAAGAACUAGCAGCAAAUGGCGACAGGCAAAAAGGAUCCUUCUUGCUAUGUAGCGACAUUUUUUUUCUUCUAGAGAGAACUAUUUAGCUAGUUCUUGUGAGCUUCCUCCGCUACAUCUAUUUACCCUACUGUCUGAAGGGGAAACCAGAAAGAAUCACAGUUUUUUACA